UCAUACACUUAACUUGACAGUACUCAUUAAUGCACUAUUACUUAUAUUAUUACAUUGUAUUAUUAUACCAUGCGUACUUAUCAACCUAUCAACAUCUAAAACCAUUUUUGUACUUACACUUAAUUAGCUUUUAUACUUAUAUCCACUUUGUACUUACAUUAUCUUACCUGUAUUAUAGUGUAUUAUAUUUUGAUUUGCUUAGUACUUCUAUUCCUGUGUGCACUGACGUGAUAGUGAGCAGCUGUAACAAAAGAGUUUCCCCUCAGGGAUCAAUAAAGUAUUUCUGAUUCUGAUACAGAGCCCUCCUGUCUUGGGCUGUGCACAUCCCAUUCCAGUUUGUGAUGUUUCCAGUCAAGAUGCUUUCUCUUGCUCCUCUGUAAAAGUUGACACAGGAAUUUUGCCUUCUUAAGUUUCCUCAAGAAAUAUAGCCAUUUCUGAGCCUUCUUUACCAGCGUGGAAAUGUGAGAUGAUCAUGACAUAUUCUCUGUGAUGCUGAUUCCCAGGAGCCUAAAACUGUUCACCUGCUUCACGUCAGGUCCACUGAUCAACAAUCAGCCACUUGGUUUUGCUGACGUUGAGCAGUAGGUUGUUCUCUGUGUACCACUCUGCAAGAUUGUUGCCGAUAUGAAGUUUCAUCAUUAGAAAUCUGGCUGAUGAUGGAAGUGUCAUCCACAAUCUUCGCAACAGAGUUGUCUUCAUGUCGGGGACUGCAGUCAUGGGUGUACAGUAUGAACAGGAGGGGGCUGAGCACACAACCCUGGGGGGGCUCCGGUGUUGAGCACUAGAGUGGAGGAGGUGUGACCGCCAAUCUGAACUGUCUGGGGUCUGUUUGUGAGAAAGUCCAAUAUCCAUUUGCAGAGUGUGGUACUCAAGCCUAGCGUGUUAAGUUUGCCAAUCAGUUUCAUAGGGGAGAUAGUGUUGAAUGCUGAGCUGAAAUCAACAAACAGCAUUUUAAUGUAGUUGUGUUGUUCUUCUCAAGGUGGGUGAAGACUGAGUGGAGGGCAGUGGAGAUGGCAUCCUCUGUGGAUCUGUGAACUGAGGUGAAACUGGUGAGGGUCCAGACUGGCUGGGAUGUUGUGCUUUAUGUGCUGGAGAACCAGUUUCUCAAAGCACUUCAUCAGACUGGGGGUGAGAGCCAUAGGGUGGAGGUCAUUUAGACUAGACACUGCAGACUUUUUAGGUACAGGGACAGUGGUGGCUUGAAGCAGGUGGGAACACUCUCCUGAAACAGUGAUAUGUUAAAAAUGUCAGUAAUAACAUCAACUAGCUAUUUUUGUUAGUACACAGCCAGGGAUGUUAUCAGGCCCAGCAACUUUACUCAUAUUCACCCUCAGCAGGGUUCUUCUCACAUCCGGUGUGAAUACUGACAGUGGCAGGUCCUCUGGAGGCGAAGUAGACUUUACAGUUGACAUCUCUGAAUAUGUGCCAGUCAGUGCAUUCAAAACAGUCCUGUAGAGGACCACCUAGCACCGCUCGACUUACCCUCAGACUUUGAUGCCCUGGUCGCAUUGGUGCUAAAGAUUGAUAAUCAGCUUCAUGAAAGGAGCAUGAAGAAGAGGCACUCCUGGAAAACACCACCCAGCCACUGGAGGCAGUCUUUUCCUCCUCUCCAGGCUGCUCAGCUUCCGGUGAGGAGCGUUGGAGACUCAGCGACUCCUGAUGAAUGUUUACAUGCAGCAUUCCUUACAACGCCUGUGCAGAUUGUGUGAAGACAGAUCAAGGAAUGAGGGCAUCAGAUUUCCUCUGUAAUACCAACAGCUUAAAGGCAGUUUGAAAUGGCGUGUGAAACACCUCAAACACAGAGUAAUUAGAAAAACUAUAUGGAAGCAUAUGGCAUUUGUCAAUCAUCUAUACGUCCCCUGUCCUUAGAAGGAUCAAUGUUUCCUGCACUUUCUGGAGACCCGUUAUGUGAAGACAGAUCAAGGAAUGAGGGCAUCAGAUUUCCUCUGUAAUACCAACAGCUUAAAGGCAGUUUGAAAUGCCGUGUGAAACACCUCACACACAGAGUAAUUAGAAAAACUAUAUGGAAGCAUAUGGCAUUUGUCAAUCAUCUUAUACACUUAUAAAGUGUACUUUAAAGUUUCACAAUAUCAUGAGGGAAAUUACAAUUAGCAUCUUUAACACAGAGCCUGAUGUCAAAUGUACUUGAAGUUUCUCUGUGAAGCCACGUGUUGGAGGUUUGGAUAAUAAACAUCUCAAAAACGACAAGAAAGUAAAAUAAAUGCUAAAUCUCAGAGGCUAAUCUCUGCAUCAAACACACACACACACACACACACACACACACACACACACAGGGACCAGAGAAGGUCAAGAGAUCAACCCUUGUUUUCACACAGGACAUAAAGACAGGGGUACCUAGUGAUGUAGACAGAUAACAAAGGGAGACGCAGAGAACAGAACUUCUGAAUCUGACUGAAUGGCUCAAGCAUCCGGUAAAUUAUCUAUAUCUUUAAAAUUAUAUUUUACGUGUUUAAACCUUUAGGCCGAAACAUAGGGACUUUUUUCAUUCUUUGCAGUGACUCUCAACGGAGGGCUGAACCUUCAAGCCAAGGACUCUGGUAAGUAUAGGACUACAUCAUGUAUUUUUAAUACUGAAAUAUUUAAAAGACUUUUAUUUCCUACCGUGAUUAUAAAUUACAUCUUUCAGAGUCAUCAACUGAUACCUCAACAUCUGAGACCUCAUCUGAUACAGACUCCUCAUCUGUGGUUUCCGAGGACGUGGAACCAUAUCCGUGGGGCGAAUUGGAUCAAUAUUUCCAAGAAGGGCUAUCACCAUCAUCACAGCCACUGCAUGACACAACCAGGGAUACCUCAGGUGGUCAAAACGUUAAACAUUCUCUAGAGGCUGCCUGGUUAACCGGAGGAGAUCCAGGGGAUGUGAUACCACAUCAAAAUCUUGAAGAACAACCGCCAUUUCACAACGAGUCUGUCUCAACCCCUAAUCAACCACUGAUGGCUUGCGGAGUGGUCUAGGCCUCAACCAGCGGACAGAGAUCCAGGAUUCUCAUCGGGUCGCAACCACAUCAACCACAAUCAAGCUCUCUCCAGCCUUGAGCAGUUAGAGAAUGAAUCAUCACCGAACGAAACAAUCAGAAUAAAUAACGUCCAGCUCGAACAAAGUCCCGCUGUAUCAAACCCUCAGACACCCCAAAACUAUAUCGAUCUCAGCAUACCCAGUCCUCCUGUGGAGGACUGGGUAUGCUCCAGAUGACUACGACUGAAACCUUUUCUACGAAAUCAGACAGUUAUUAAACUUCCCACCCCCUCUUAACGCAGAUGGAAUAGUGGAUUACGGCAUGUAUUACAACAAUACGUUAGAACAAGCAGAUGCGUUGCUACAGCAAGCAUUAGCAUACGUCACUCCUCGAGAUGCGGUACAGUUAGAGCUGCGUGGUCAAAAUCUCCCUAGUAACGUCUUGGUCGUCUUAUCUAAUGACGAGCUCCCCAGCCUAGCCGACUUUGAAAGGCUCUUACUCUGUGUUGUGCAGUCUAACUGGGCCAUUAUAGCUGAUGGUCUGUUAGAACUUGUCGUAGAAGUGAUCCAGAACUCUAGGGGUGGGGGUUAACGAUUCCUUGGGAAAAUGCUAGACAAUGAAAUCAUUAAAAAAAAAGACCUUUUCUGUACAUCGUCCACAACAGAGAGAAUCAACUAUGUUUUGCCAUCUGUCUGGCUCAUCUGUUACAUCCCGAUAUCAACGAUAGAGAAGCCCUCGAACGCGGUAGACAGCUUCAAAAUGAAGUAGGGUUAGACGAUCAGACCGCUGUAACCUUUAGCGACAUCCCAAAAUUUGAAACCGUGUUGGACUGUAAAAUUGUAGUGUUUUACAGAACCGAGGAAGACAGGGCUCUCCGCAAAUUCUUGACAGAUAGCCCAGGACGGAGUAAAACACUGAUUUUGUUUCUCUUCCAAAAUCACUACUACGCGGUUAAAAAUCUCAAAGCCUUUCUAGGUUCGCCUUAUGUUUGUGAGCACUGCUUUACAGGUUUUAACACCGUGUUAGGACAUAUUUGCGAAGCUCGUUGCACCAUAUGCUUUGACCCCAGUUGUACACAGAGGCCGUGUCAACCUGUUGUGUGUGACCAAUGCAACAGAACGUGUCGCUCGCCUUUCUGUUUAGCCAAACACAAAGAACCUACAGAGAGAUCGAGAAGUCAAACAUAUGCCAGCACUUGUGCCUUGUACAAAACAUUUACCAAAUGUGCAAGGCUGUACUACUGUGCUAUGAACGGUAAUGGUAAACAACACAAAUGUCAGACUGCGAAAUGUAAAAUUUGCGCCGAGAAAUUGAUCUCUUACUAUGAGUCAGAGGUUCAUCAGUGCUACAUCCAAAUGCUACCCUCUGAAACAAAACACAAUGAAAAAGUGGUGUUUUAUGAUUUUGAAACCUACGUUCACGUUCCGUUUUUAGUGUGUACACGAACCUUAGAUGGUAAAACAUGGAGCCCUCAGGGUACAGAUUGCGCCAAAGAGUUUAUACUGCAUUUCAGACGACCUUUGUACAAAAAUGCAGUGUUUAUAGCACACAAUGCCCAAGGUUUUGACAGCUAUCUCCUUAUCAAAGCCAUGGUAGAACAGGGGUUAAAGCCCUCUUUGAUUAUGCAAGGGUCAAAAGUAAUUUGCGUCACCAAUAACGAUUACAAACAAAGAUACAUUGACUCUUUAUCCUUUUUAACCAUGCGUUUAGCUAAUUUUCCAAAAGCGCUUGGUUUCAGUGAUAAAAUAAAGGGGUACUUUCCUCAUGGUUUCAGCUCAGAGGCCCAUUUGAGUUAUACAGGUGAGUACCCUCCCCCUCAGUCUUACGGGAUUAACAGACUUUUACAGUUGGUACGCGAUGGUGCGACACGGCACAUUCAACUUCAUGAAAGAGACUCGCCUCUAUUGUCAAAAUGAUGUAGACAUUCUCGCUGAGGGUUGCAUGCUGUUCAGAAAACAGUAUAUCGCUGAAACCGCCGUUGAUCCCUUCAGCCGUGCGACCAUCGCGUCGGCAUGCAUGAAGGUGUUUCUGACAAACUUUCUACCACCGAAAACAUUAGCAAUCCCCUCUCCGGACGACUACAGGCGUCAGUUCAUAACAUUUUCAAACGCCGGUAUCCAGUGGUUAGAGUGGUUGUCACACACCCGCGGCAUCCCUAUCCAACAUGCUUUAAAUAAGGGGGAAAAACAGCUGGGGCGAUUCUUUGUAGACGGGUAUACUGAAAUAGCUGGGGUGAAAUAUGCCUAUGAGUUUCUAGGGUGUUUCUAUCAAGGUUGUUCAACUUGCUAUCAAGCGCACGACACCUGUCCUCUGACGUGCCGUCCCUUCGGACAGUUGCAGACGCACUGCGAGGAGAAAUUACGUGAGUUAGAAGCCACGCACAAGGUAAAACUCAUCAUGCGUGAGCAUACAUGGAGGAUGAUGAAGAAAUCUCAUCAAGGGUUGAAGGAGUUUCUCAAACAAUAUAAUGCCCCACAACCAUUGUCACCCCACAAAGCUUUGUACGGAGGGUUUACCUCUGCUAUAAAGUUGAGACACACCGCUGCGUCGAACGAGACAAUCUCUUAUGUAGAUAUGACAUCUCUCUAUCCUUACUGUAACACCAACUUCCCCUAUCCUCUCGGACACCCUGAAAUAAUCUAUAAAGAUUUCCAAGAACCUCAAAGCUACUUUGGGCUAAUCAGGGCAAGGGUCUACCCCCUGAGAGAGUUGUACUUUCCAGUCCUGCCCCAUAGAACGACAGGGAGUAAGCUUGUGUUUACCCUUUGUCGAGCAAGCGCAGAGCUCAAUUUGCAGGAGGGUCCGUGUCGGCAUAGCGAUGAUGACAGGGCGUUGACCGGUGUCUGGGUCACUCCUGAAUUUAACAAGGCUUUGGAGAUGGGCUAUCGGAUAGCUGAAAUAACUGAGGUAUGGCAUUUUGAUAGACGGAGUGAUUCUAUUUUUGUUGACUAUAUGCACACUUUUCUGAAAGGUAAACAAGAAGCUUUGGGUUGCCCGUCCGAUGCUGUAGAUCAGGAAGCAGAGAAAAGUACAUCAGCGACUAUCAUGCAAACCAAGGGAUUUUGCUGAUAAAAUCAGACAAAACCCUGCUAAAAGACAAGUGUCUAAAUUAUGUCUGAACUCCUUCUGGGGUAAGUUCGCGCAGAGAUGCAAUCAAACACAAACCAAACUAGUCACAGACCCGGAAGAAUUCUUUAACCUCAUGUUUUCUGAAAAAUAUAAAGUCAAGUACUUCUCCUUCAUCAAUGACAAAGUGGCUUUGGUUCAGUGGUCUUACGGAGACCAUUGUAUCCCGCUACGCAACAAGGUAGAUAACGUUUUUAUAGCCGCUUUCACCACAGCCUACAGAUGUCUGACUUUGUACAGGUAUUUGGAACAGCUGCAAGACAAAGUCCUUUACUGCGAUACAGACAGCCUCAUCUAUGUCACAAAAGAGGGAGAGACGCUGCUCAAGCUGGGUAAUUACCUGGGAGAUUUGACGGACAAGCUAGGGGGAGAUAGCAUCAAAGAAUUUGUGGCUGCGGGUCCAAAAAGUUAUGCUUACCAAACUCAAAACAACAAGGUUGUUUUAUGCUUAAAAGGCAUUACACAGACGCACCAAUGCUGUGAAAUUGUCAACUUUGAUAGCAUCAAAGACCUGGUUCAGGAUUAUGUGCAAAACUCUGACGAGAGGGGGGUCCUUGAAAUACCUCAACACAGUAUUGUGCAAGAUAAGAAAGGCUUCCUUCUAAAAAACACAUUCCAAAAAAAGUUCUGAGUUGUAUAUGAUAAAAGACGGCUGC